CUAACAGAAGGAACAGGAACAAACAAUAUUAAAGGCAUCAUAGCAAAGUUUCCGACACCAGAUGACAUAUGCUUGAGUGAUGACAGCUUCUCAAAGAUGAAAAACCUUCGACUUUUCAUCAAUGUGAAUGCACGAUUUUAUGGCGAUCACGUGGAUUAUCUAUCUAAUGAGUUGAGGUUUCUUCAUUGGCCUGGUUGUCCUCUACAAACUUUACCAUCUACUUUCAAUCCAAGGAAACUUGUUGAACUUUAUAUGCCUUGUAGCCGCUUGUCACAACUUGGGGAGGGAUUCAAGCGUUUGCAAAAUUUGACGUCCAUGAAUUUUAGGAGCUGUGAACUCCUAACAAAAACCCCAAAUAUCUCUGGAAUUCCAAACUUACAGUCCUUGAAUCUAGACUACUGCAGAAGUUUAGUUGAGGUUCAUCCUUCUGUUGGAUUUCAUGAUAAGCUUGUGGACUUGAGUCUUAUGUGUUGCCAUAACCUCACACUAUUUCCAAUAAUCAAGUCAAAAUCUCUAGAAGUUCUCAAUCUUCAAUUUUGCAGAAGACUGGAGACUUUCCCUGAUAUUGGGGGAAAGAUGGAUUCCUUACGUUACAUGUUUCUACAUGGUAGUGGCAUCAAAGAAUUGCCAGCGUCAAUUGUAUAUCUCAUCAAUCUUGAGUUAUUACACCUAAGCAGUUGUGAAAAUCUUACGAAUCUGCCACCCAGCAUUUAUGAGUUGGAACAUUUAAACCGCAUUUGUCUCCGAAGAAGUCGAAAGCUUGUUACAUUUCCAAAUAAAGUGAAGUCUGAAGAUUAUGUGUCUACAUUGAGCGAACUUGAUCUAACACUAUGUGAUUUCCUUGUAAGUAUUCCCAAAUGCAUUACGAAAUUUGUCAAUAUGCGGUAUCUUUACUUGCAUGGCUGCAAGAGGCUUAGAGAUAUUCCGGAACUUCCACCAAAAAUAGUAAAGUUAGAUGCAAGUGAUUGCGUAUCAUUGGAAAGGUUUUCAUCAUUGUCCAACAUUCUGAAGGGUAAAGAAGACUCACAAAUGAUUAAGUUGGUGGACUUGUGUAAUUGCCACAGACUCUGCGGCAAUCUGGCUUGUGACCUCAGAAAGAAGCAAAACAUUUUAGCAAAGGAGCAGAUCACUAUCUUCUUUGAUCACCUUCUGUCUUCGCAGAAACAUGGAUUUCAGGUUGUAUUUCCAGCAAGUUUUGAAGCUCUCUCGACGUUGUUCAGCUGUCAUAAGUAUGUGAAGGAGCGUGAUGAAGCAUGUGAAUUUUUGAUUGAAAUCCCUCCAAACUUCAAAUGCCAGAACCAAGGAUUGGCUCUAUACGCUGCUGGUGAAAACCCGCAAAACAAAAGACCACGUUACAAUGGUUUUGUAACAAAAAUUUCCGUGAAUCAACCAGGAGUGGAACCUUAUUUUACUGCGUCCGAUUUCAGAAAGAACGGGUCAGGUCAUGGUAUAGGGUCAGGUCAUGUGUGGCUGUGCUAUAUUCGAUUCAGCGAAAUGUUUUACCGGGAUGAUCAGAUUACCUGGCCGCGGUCGCCUUUUGCGUGUCGAGUUAAUUUUCUGAAUUUGACACUAGAUUCGCUGUGUUUAAAAAGCUUCGGGGUCCACCUGGUAAUGACACAGGAUGAUGAAGACUUGUCUAUAUUUACGGAAGAUGGUGAGUCUGAAUCCGAUGACUUGGAAGAUGCUAAUGAGAGGUUUGAUGGAGAUAAUUGUAUUGAUCUAUGUGAAGAUGAGCAAGACUCGGAACAUGACUACUUCAGCUGUGAAGAUAAUGAAGAUGGCUACUUUUACUGA